GACAUAUCAUCUGCGCUUGGACUCCAUGUGACCAAUUUCGUGGAUGACAAAUAAGCCUGCCGUGACUAUCCAGGUUUCUGUGACAUUGAGAAUAAGCCGUGCUUCGUGAAUCAGUCCUAUGCAUAUCCACUCCGGUUUCUGUUGGUAGAUUCGGCUGAGCAGCCAUUAGACUUAGAGAUUUGACCACCGUGGCCGCAAGUUUUCACUCUCCCCCCUAUCCUAUCCGUUUAGUGAGCACGGAUUGAUCAAGCCUUGUUCAUUGGAAGCUAACGGCUAUCUUUGCUAAGAUUUGGUAUAUCUUCCGUAACUGCGUUUGCGUUCUACCGAACCAUUCACUAGCCCACAGGACUAAACGAAUCUCCAACAACGGUGCUUCUUUCUUAUAAUAUCAUUAACAUAUUCUUAUAACGGGAGUCCCGCCAUGGCGUCGCGAGGUGGAAGAGGCCGGGGAUUGGGCCUUCGAAUCGGCGUGCCGGCUCGGACCACCAACGCCGCUCGACCCCAGCCGCUGCCUCUCCCCGUCCCGCAAGCCCUCCCCAUGCCUCCAGCCGGGGCCGCCGCCGCCGCCGCAGCCGCCGCGAAAGGCGCUCCCACCAGCGUCCAACCAGCCCCAGCCACCGCGAUCAACGGCGGACCAGGUGGCGGAGCCGGCGGCGCGGCAUCAGGAGCAGCUGCUGGAAACUCGUUAGGCGUCGCGGGAGCUGGUAACUCGGUGAAAGCGCCGAUGAUGGUUUUCACGCCGCGGGAAGACGUGGCUUUAGAGGAUCUGGAGCGGAUUCUCCCGCCUUUAGGGUUCGGAAGCGGGGGUCGCGUCUACCGGGUUCGGCAUAAGAAAUCGGGCAAGGAGUACGCGCUGAAGGUGAUUCAAGAAAAGUACGACGAGGAGGUGCGGAAGCAGAUCAUCCAGGAGAUGCAGAUCCUACGGCGGGCACGGUCCGACCAUGUGGUGGAGUGCUACGGCAUCUUCGACCAUCUCGGGGAGAUCUCAUUCGUCCUGGAGCUCAUGGAUGGCGGCACUCUGGCGGACGUGACUAAAAAGAGGGGCAAGAUCCCGGAGCAAUUCAUGCCCGAGGUGACGCGGCAGUGCCUGCAGGGGCUGCUGUACCUGCACCGGCAGCACGUGGUGCAUCGCGACAUCAAGCCCUCCAACCUGCUCUUCAAUCGCCAGGGCCAGGUGAAAAUAGCUGAUUUCGGGGUGAGCAAGGAGCUCGCCUCCACGCUAGCCCAGUGCAACUCCUACGUCGGCACAUCCGCCUACCUCUCCCCCGAGCGCAUCAACCCGCCCCCGGGGGAGGGCUACGACGGCUACUUGUCCGACGUCUGGUCCAUGGGGCUAUCCCUCCUCGAGCUCGUGAUUGGCCGGUUCCCGUACGUGCAAGCUGGGCAGUCAGCCGAUUGGAUGACGCUGUUCGGCGCGAUUGUUUUCAACGAGCCGCCUGAGGCGCCGGGCAGCUGCUCCCCGGAAUUCCGAGAUUUUAUCCAGUGCUGCCUGCAGAAGGAGCCGAAGAAGCGGAAGAGUGCUGCUGAGCUGUUGGAGCAUCCGUUCUGCCAGCUCCUGGUGGGGGAUCCCAAGUGGACGGAUCUGAAGCUGCUGCUGCCGCCCCAGCCUGCCCAGCCUCCGCAGCAGCCUCGGCUGCCGCCGCAGCUGCACCCGAGCCAGGGGGCAGGGCAGGGAGGGCAGGGUCAGAGGGCGGGGCCGGCACAAGGGCAGGGGCAGGGGCAGGGGGUGCAGCAGCAGCAGCAGGUGAGGGUAGCUGGUUCUCAGAACGCCCAAGGACAACCGAAGCAACAUCUGCAGCAGCAGGGGCAGGGGCAGGGGCAUCUACAGGGGCAAGCAGCAGCAGCAGCAGGAGGGGCGGCAGUGACGGGACAACCACAGAGGGCAGCGCCACAAGUGCCAGUGGCGGGGGGGAUGGUGCUGCAGAUGCCGACAGCGGGGCUGUCGAGAGGGCGGAAUGUGGUGCUCGCUCAACCGCCUGUUAGGCGCGGGGCCAAGGCAGGGCAGAACCAAACGGGGGCGCAGCAGCAGCCGCAACAAGGGCAGCCGCAACUGCAGCAGCAGCAGCAGCAAAUACAACCACAGCAGCAGCAACAGGUGCAGCAGGUCCAGCAGCAAAUGCAAGGGCUGAAGGUGCAGGGGCAGGUGCAGCAGCAGCCGAUAGGAAUCGGGGCAAUGCAGCAGCCGACAGGAAUCGGAGCAAUGCAGCAGCUGGGGCAGCAACAAGCACCCCGACGCCAAGCCCCCCCACAACCAUCUCAAAUCCCGUUGCAGACUAUUCAAGCACAGCCUAUGUCUGGGCAGAUGAGUCAGCAAAUGGGCCAGCAGCAGGGAGUGAUGCAACAAUCAUUACCACAGGCUCGGCCUAUGGGAGCACCGCAGGGCUUUGCACAAGGGCAAGUGCAGCCUUCAAUGCAGUCACAACCACAACCACAGGUGCCUGGUAUGGCUCAGUACCAGCAGCAGGAGCCAAUGGUGGGUGGCCAGGUGGCGGGACAGCCGCAGCAGCAAUAUGGUGCACAGCCUGGUGUGAAGCAUUACCAGCCGAAUCCGCAGGUGCUUCAGCAGCUGGCAGCAGCACAGCAGGGAUUGCCAACACGGAAAUGAGCCAGUGCCACGAUGGCUCAGCGUGGAAAUAUAGCGCACGUUACAUUUUGGUGACUGAAUCGAGGGUCUCUCAACUGACUUGUUUAUGCGCUGUAUAGUCCGCGUGACAAAAAGUCCUAUAAUUGCCUUUACCGUCCUACUGUACAUUUGCUUUAAGUUCCAUGGGAGUACAACCUGAU